GGCUUUUUUGCAGAUGUCGUCUUAAAACAGAGCAGCACAUUUUAUGACCGUGGGCUCUCCGGGAAAGAAAAAAAGAAGAGUUAAGGAAGGGCUCUAAAUGAGAAUAUGGCCAAUGGCAUUGAAGACCUGAUUGGGAUCCCAUUCCCAAACCACAGCAGCGAAGUUCUUUGUGGCUUAAACGAGCAGCGGCACAAUGGCCUCCUCUGCGAUGUCAUCCUUAUUGUCCAGGACCAAGAAUAUAGGACCCACAAGUCUGUCUUGGCUGCCUGCAGCCAGUAUUUUAAGAAACUCUUCACUACCGGCACUUUAGCGGACCAGCCCUAUGUUUACGAGAUUGACUUUGUCAAGCCUGAAGCACUUUCGGCAAUCCUAGAGUUUGCCUACACCUCGACCCUCACCAUCACCACCUCAAACAUCAAGCACAUCCUCAACGCGGCUAAGAUGUUGGAGAUCCAAUGCGUUAUCAACGUUUGCCUCGAAAUCAUGGAGCCCGUCGAAGAGGAAGAAGAGGAGAAAGAGGAGGAGGAGGAAGAGGAGGACGAUGAGGAAGAGGAGGAGGAGGAGGAGGAAGUAGAAGACUUUGCAAAUCAGAACUUGACGGAUGUCCCAGACGUAAGCUGUCACCAAAGUCCUUCGAAAUCCGACCUUAGCGAAGAAGUGUACACAGAAACUCCUAGUGAAUUCCCCAACCGCUUCCCGUCCAACAGCUCUAACGGCUCCCUGGGGGUGAUCAGAGACUUCUCUAUCGAGUCCCUGCUGAGGGAGAACUUAUAUCCUAAAUCAAGCAUUCCAGAACGGAGACCCGCUUUGUCUCCAUUUGCACCCGACUUCUUCCCUCGCCUAUGGAAUGGAGAAUUUGGCCCCUUUUCCCAAGUGGAAGACCAGCAACUGGAAAACGGUCCCUUAGAUCUAGUGAUCAGGAAGAGGAAAAUCAAGGAAGAAGAGAAAGAGGAUCCCCCUCCAGCACCAUUCCCCAGCGACCUCUUCAAGGACAUAUUUGCCAACAAUCCAACAGCUCACUUGGGACACAUAAAGGCUGAAAACGAUUACAGCGCUUAUCUCAACUUCCUCAGUGCCGCCCACUUUGGGGGAGUCUUCCCUCGGUGGCCGGAAGAAAGAAAGAUCAAACCCAAGGCUUCACAACAGUGCCCCAUUUGCAACAAGAUCAUCAUGGGUGCAGGGAAGCUGCCGCGGCAUAUGAGGACCCACACAGGAGAGAAGCCAUAUAUGUGCAAUAUCUGUGAAGUCCGCUUUACCAGGCAAGACAAGCUGAAGAUUCACAUGCGGAAGCACACUGGAGAAAGGCCCUACCUCUGUAUCCACUGCAAUGCCAAGUUCGUCCAUAACUACGACCUAAAGAACCACAUGCGCAUCCACACGGGCAUCCGACCUUACCAGUGCAAGUUUUGCUACAAGAGCUUCACCCGCUCGGACCAUCUGCACCGCCACAUUAAGCGCCAGAGCUGCCGGAUCUCCCGGCCGAGAAGGGGGCGCAAGCCAGCCACCUGGAGAGCGGCGAGUUUAUUGUUUGCACAGAACGGCCAACCAGAUGAGAAAAGCUUCAUGAUGCCGCCGGCUCUGGAAGAGAUGAGUAACCAUCUCGGCAGCGCAGCCAUGUGCCUUCCAGGCCCCAGCCCUAAGCAUUUUCUGGACGGGGCCAAGAAUGCUCUGAAUUUGCAGGAGCUGGAGACCCAGUUUGAGGAGACCCAAAUGAAGCUCUUUGGGAGGACGCAUCUGGACAUGGAGAGGAAUGGCGGGAUCUUCACCUUCGCCCUGGGCCCCAACGACAGCCUCUCGGCACGGCCAUUUUUCUCGCUCCCGGACCCCUGGAGUACGGGGUUCAGUGGGCUGGCAGGACUCAACCACCUUGCCCCUAUUUCUGAAGCCAGCAACUGAAUCACCUUCUGACCAGUGCAUCGUCUUGGCCCCCGAAGGGUGUGCAAUCUUCCGAACUGCUGCAGAUCUUGUUUCCAAAGGAUCUCGUUUCCAAAGGGAUCCUUUAAGACUUUUUUCUAACUAAAAGACCAAGUCAAAAAUGACACGCUCCCCCUAAACUGCCCCUCCCUGUUCAUACACUGCCAGAUGGCACCUUUGAAGCAAAUUGGAGGGAAAGGGGGAAGAGCAACUGAACUUUAAAAAAGGAUCAAACUCCCCCCCCCUUUUAAAUAUGUACAGGCAUCUUUAUGCGCUACAAUUUUGCAGACAAUGGCUUCCUUCAGCAGAUUUUUUCCCCUCUCUUUUCCCCUCUACGAUUUGGAGUCCUUGUAAAAUAUCCAAAGAUUCAAAGUACUGAAUAAUCUACAAGUACUUGAAGAAAAAGGGACAAUUUCUUUUUUUUUUGUUACGUUUCCUGAUUGUCGGGACGGGAUGAGGUGGGGAGGGUUGGGAAAUCCUUUGGAAUUUUUCUAUUUAUAACUAUUUUUAUGUGAUUGCUUUAUGUAAAGAAAAAAAAAGAGAAAGAAAUCCACAUAAAACAGAUUUGCCUUAGUUAAUCAUGGGACAAUCAUCCUUAACUUUGGUUGAAGUUAGAGAUUUUUGUUUUGAAAGAUAAGAAAAGUUACUUUUAUGUAUUUAUUGAGCAGUAUUAAUUGAUUUUAUUAAAUUAUUGGCAACAUGCAGGGUUCUUUACUGCACAUUACUAAAGUGACAAGACGAUCAAGGCAAUUGGACACAUUAUCGAGCAGAAAACCCAUAUUGGCUGCUUUGCGUUCACUCAAUAGGGAAUCCUAGCUAAUCCCAGCCCUUUGACAAGCGUACCUGUAUGACCAAUGUGUUUGCAAACAUGUGUUUGUUACACCUUACAUUGGGGGGGUAUGCACUUAAAACGUUUUAAUUUACACCUAAUGUGCAAAGAGGUACCAACACACUCUGAAAUUUCAGCCUGGUGAAACCCACACGUUGUGUUGACCUUUACCGACAUUCUGUUAAAGUGCAGGAUCCUUAAAUUGGACCGUUUUCAAAAGCUUCUAAAUGUGACUUAGCACCUUAUUAGACUGUUGAUUGUUAAACGGAAUAAUGGAUACAGAUAAAUUAACAAGUUAAGGUUGAUUGCCCCUAAAUGAUCUCAUAGGGUUAUAUGUUGACUGGAUGAUGGCUGAGGUUGUUUCCU